AUGACAAACAAGAUUUUUAAUCGUAUAACCGUGAUAGUAUCUGCAGUUGUUUUUUGGAUACUGCAAGUUUCUUCUCCAUGGAUUCAAAUGAUGAGACGCAAAAAGACACCGGCAGAGAUACUAAGAAAUGAAUUACAUCAUGCCAAAACAUAUACAGAAUGGUCAAACGAAGAAUGGAAACAAGAUCCAGCGUCACCAUAUUAUGAUUACAUGAUGAUUCAAAAAAGGUUGGAACACCUUAGGGGAGUUCGUGAAAGCAAUGACGUUUUAUCAAUGAUUUAUCUACUAAGGUCAGGUCUAUUGCGAAAUUUGGGAGGUAUAAAUGAUCCAAGGUUAUUUUGUAAAUCAUAUCUGGGGACCAAACAAUUAAUACAAGAUUAUACGCAAGAAAUCGUAACACAAUUAGAUGAUAUAGGAGAAAAAGAUUUCACAGAUCUUCCACAAUAUUCAAAAUUGGAUUUCUUUAAUGAUACUCGUCAAUCAUUUGGAUGCACUGCUUUGGUAUUAUAUGGUGGGGCGACAUUUGGCUUAUUUCAUUUAGGUGUCGUCAAAGCGUUAAACAAGCAUGGGUUAUUACCUAGAAUCAUUAGCGGCACCGCUAUUGGAGCUUUGAUUGCCGCUUUAGUUUGUAUUAGGACUGAUGAAGAUUUACCAAGUAUUUUUGAAGAAGGUGGUGUGGAUUUAGGUGCCUUUUCAAAAAAAGGAAGAAAAGGAAACAUAAAAAGGAAAAUAAGUAGAUUUUUAAAACAUGGUUAUUUCAUGGACAUCAAAGUAUUGGAAGAGUGCGUUCGAAAUAACGUUGGGGACCUCACAUUCGAGGAAGCAUAUUUAAAAACAAAAAGAAUAUUAAACAUCACGGUCUCAUCAACUAGAAAAUUCGAAGUUCCUCAGCUUCUCAACUAUUUGACCGCACCCAAUGUAUUGAUACGAAGUGCGGCUUGUGCUUCUACUGCCAUAAUGGGAUUGUAUGAUAGUGUUGAUUUGUUGGCCAAGGAUAAAGCUGGAAAUAUCGCACCUUGGGCCCCAACUGAAAUUAAAUGGAGAAAGUGGACAGAUGCAGUUCCAACUGAAAGUGAAUCUCCAUUAACAAGAAUUUCGGAAUUAUUUAAUGUCAACCAUUUCAUCGUGUCUCAAGCAAACCCAUAUAUCGCCCCUUUCAUGGCAAAAGAACAAUUUGGUAGUAACACAUUGAUUAAAUGUGGUCACCUAUUAACAUCCGAAUUCAGGCACAGAAUCAAUCAACUUAAACAAAUGCGUCUUCUUCCAAGAAUGUUUCGAGGUUUUGUUGAUGAAAAAGUUUCGGGAAAUGUUACUAUUGUUCCUUAUCUAUCAUUUUCAGACUUUAAAACCCUGUUGUCGAAUCCAACUCACUCGUCUUUGGAUUAUUGGAUUCUGAAAGGAGAACAAUCUACUUGGCCUAUGUUAGCUUUGAUAAGAAAUAGAUGCGAAAUUGAACUGGCUCUUGACAGAAUCAAUUUGAAAUUGAAAGCAACCACGAUCGAACGCGCUUAUUCUAUAUACCAAAAUGCUAAUAAAGAGAAAGACAAUGGAAGGAAACGCACUAAAUCUAUCCACUAG